CCCUAGACCCUCACAAGUCAGAAACAGGGUUUAUAGUGAAGAUGAACACUUUUCUCAAGAGCCUCCUUGUCGCACUAGAGAGCGCUUCAGUUUGGUGAAUUUUCGGGGAGGGGUAACCCUCGUGACAGCUUCAUCAAUUUGUUGUCGGGAAAACUGAAUAAGUGUUUACUGGUCAUGUUCUCCAGCUCCCUGACGUCCACUCCUUUCUCAGUAAGGGAUAUAUUGAAUCUGGAGCAGAACCAAGACGAGAUGUCCUCUUUGGAAAUAUCACCACGGCUAGAGAGCGCGGUCCCGACUUCGUCAUGUAUGCUGGCGAAGUUCAAACAAGAGCCUGUGACGGAGAUGCAGGCCGGGGCCUCCGUGUUUAGCGAAGACGUGCCCGAUCUUAAGGGCAGCAAAAUCUCUUCUCUUAACUUCACUGCUACCUUUUAUGGAAAGAAUUUCCUGGAUAUGGACAUCAUCAAAGAGGCACGGGCGGACAACAUAUUAGAGGAAAAGGAAACAAAAGACGAACAGAGUGACGACUUAAAGACCGAGGACACGGAGCGACCGAGACAGAGGAAGAGGCGCAAGCCGCGCGUGCUCUUCUCUCAGGCGCAGGUUUACGAGCUGGAGAGGCGCUUUAAACAGCAGAAGUACCUUUCGGCCCCGGAGAGAGACCACCUAGCCGGCGUGCUUAAACUCACGUCAACCCAGGUGAAAAUAUGGUUCCAAAACCGCCGUUACAAGUGCAAGAGACAGCGCCAAGACCAGACUCUGGAGAUGGUGGCCAUCCCGCCACCAAGGCGCAUAUCGGUUCCGGUCCUGGUUCGGGACGGAAAGCCCUGUGUGGGUGAUACAUCUGCUUACAGUUCUUCCUACAACGUGGGCAUGAACCACUACGCGUACAACACGUACCCGCACUUCGCUAAUUACCCAAAUCCCGGUUGCAACACAAACUACGCCUGUAAUUACGCCACAGGAACCAUGCCGGCAAUCCAGUCACCACCAGGAAGCAGUAACUACAUGAACAUCAGCGUGGCUGAGCUCAGUAACGUCCAGACCCAGUUCCAGUCGAGCAACGGAGUCUCUUCCCUGCAUGGUAUAAGAGCCUGGUGACAAGUCAGAAAAAGGCUUUUUCUUAACGAAACACACCAUUCUUAUACAUUUCGAAUGCGAAGAUGUGGUUUAAGUGGCGGCCACUUCGCAGCCCCUAUUUCAUUCUUACAAGAAAAAAAAACGAACUAUAAUGAUUGUAUUUUGACAGGAGUGUUUUGGUGAAUGUACAUAAACGAGGGCAUUGGCAACCAACGAUGAUCGCAACACCUAAUGAACGGUUUUAUCGAAACGUUAAUUUCUUUUUUUAUUAUUUUGACGAUAAAAUAGAAAAAAUGCCUAUAUGAAUCGUGGAGAUACACUUGAUUUUUGCUCCUCAGUGUAACAAGAUACGCUAAAACUGUACAUUAUAUUGUAACAUUGGCCGACUGUAUGGCGUUCCUCUGUAUGUCAAUUCCCGCAACAACAAAAAAAACAAGUUUGAUGUUUUGUUUAUA